AUGGUCGCCGGUAUUCAGAACGGAGCGGAGCAACCGGCACGGGCCUUUGAAGACACUGCUCUUUCACCAGACGACCAGGAUGAUUCGCCCUUUUCAACUUCUCAGGAAGGCGUUAUCGCUGGAGUUGGAGAUGACACCAUCUACCCAAAUAGCCCACCAGAAGCUGCAGAAGUGCCUGACGCGGAUGAGCUUCUAGUGACGGAGAUUAUGACGAGCGGAACAGAAACUUACGUAUCAACGUAUUUCGAGAAUUUCCAUCCAUCAUUCCCACUUGUGCAUCGACAAAGCCUAGGGAAUGAGUUACCCAAGUUAUCGAAGCAGAUUAUCGUUUCAAUUGGCAUGCUAUAUGCUUCUAGGAAUGUGUCUGAGGAGGAAACGGCAUCUUUGACGCGCAAGAGCCAAACCCUAUGGAAUAAUGGCCAUGAUGAACUUUGGCGAGUUGCCGCCCGAGACCUCGGUCUCCUCCGUCAAAACGUUUUCCAGUCAACAUCCAGGUUCAGAGACUCGGAAGAACAGACAUUACACGAUCACUGGAUUUCAUACGUUGAGUCGGAGUCCAUGAAGCUAUCCAUGUACACUCUGCUGUUUCUCGACUUUCAUAUUUUCUCCCCUUGCAACAUUCGCCCGCUUACCAGUCCCACCGAGCUCGAUUGGGAGCUGCCCCUUGCUUCAUCAUUAUGGGAAGCGGACACAUCGUUAGCAUGGGCUCAACGGCUCGGAGACGAACCCCGAACCGUCGGACUGACCCGGUCUCACGACACGCCUGGCAUGACUUGCCCAACAACAAAAUCACUAAACCUUGCCAUGCAAUCAUUAAUGACGGACACACCGAGUCCGCAACUUUUAGCGGCGCUACGUGCUUCGCCGAUGGCAACACUCUUCGUUCUCACCAGUCUCGAUUCACUCGUCAGGGAUUUUACCCGGUGCUACUAUCAACUCCCACCGGCUUUGGCCGACCCAAACGCGUACCACAUUCUCACUCAAUCUCAAAACCGACAGGUCAGUGCAGCUUUACGAUACGUCUCUGAGAUCAUCACAACGCAAACCGCAGCGGCAGAUAGCUCGAACUGGCACAUCUUGAACUUUGCUGAGCGUAUCGCGCUAUCUGUUAAGCUUGCGCUCUGCAAACCCGAUGAUCUUCUGAUUGGUGGUAUCGUGGAGAAUAGCGUCGUUGCUGGCCUCACCACCGCGACACAUCUCACCAUGGGACUUCAAGUUGGAGCUCGCAGAUCGUUGCAAAACCUCCUCAGAUACAACUCCGGCGAUGACGGGAUGUUGAUCUUCCUUGAUGACCUGAUGGACGUCCUGUCAAGUGUGACAAGCAUCGAGAGGCAAGAUCCGUUGCGAGAAGCGCCGUGGGCGACGGUGGCUACAUACAAGAUCCUCCUGGCAAUAUGGAGAUUACUGCGAUGGGCAACAGGAGAGAUGCGACGGAAGUCAGGGACCCAGCCGACCGUCCGCACUCGGUUUGAGGCCUCCACCAUUGUCUUCAAUUCCAUCCUUGAAGUCUUGCAGCGACAAGAGGACAUCGAUGGCCAAACUCGGCGCCUCUCGGUUCGGGAGUCUACCGCAUUAGGCAUGGCGUCGGAGGCGAGCGAGGUACGCUUCAUGGAAACUGUAUUGCAGUUCUGGAAUGGGAGACCUGUUUGGGCAAUGGGGUCCUUCAUGACAACGGUGCUCGAGGAGGUCAUCUCGGCUGGUGACGCCAAGAAAAUCAUGGCUGCACAGGAUAAUUUUGGAUGGUUUGGUCUGGGGUCCAUGGGAAUUGGCAUGGCACUGAAUCUGCAGAAACACCUCGCAUCGAAUGGUCUACCGCCUCUUCGGUACAGCAACCGAACGCUUUCGCGAGGUGAAUCUCUGCGGGAAGCCGGGGGACUUCCUGAACGAGACUUCGAGACUUUGGUCCUCAAGUCAUCCGUCAUAUUCACAAUGAUCUCAAACGAUGAGGUCCUGGACAGUCUUGUAUCGAAGGCUCUCGACACUUGGAGCAGCGCCAUACUCGAAGGCAAAAUAUGGGUUGAUACAUCAACAGUCCAUCCAGAUACUGCAGCGAGGUGCUCCGAACGUCUUGCUAAAGUGGGCGCUACAUUCGUUGCGUCCCCUGUCUUUGGAGCUAGCCCUAUGGCGGCCGCUGGUCAGCUCAUCUUUGCCAUGGCCGGCCCCCCCACUGCUAUCGAAAAGCUGAGGCCGUUUGUGGUUGAUGUCAUUGGAAGAAGCAUAAUAGAUAUGGGCGAAGAUGUCCGUAAAUCAAGCUUGCUCAAGAUAUCAGGAAACAUCUUUGUCAUUGGCUUCCAGGAGUUGACCGCCGAAGCGCAAGUCUUUGCCGAGAAAACCGGGCUCGGUACCCGCCAGAUAGAACACUUCAUCAGGGACAUGUACGGCCCCGUUAUCGAGAGCUACUCGAAGCGCAUGACAACGGGCGCAUACGCGCCACCCUUGGGGACACCCCCUGGCUUCGCAGUGUCCCUGGCGGCCAAGGAUGCCGGACACGCGGUGAGGAUCGCCGAGGAGCAUGGUACAAGAAUACCGACUAUCGAAACAGCGUUGUCCCGUAUGGAGGCCGCUAGGAAGUAUGCAGGAGAAUCAUUGGAUAGCUCGUCAAUCUAUGGUGCAGCUCGGCUCGAAGCCUCAUUGCCUUUUUGGAACGAGAAUAGCAGACAGUCUAAUUAG